AUGCAAGGAUCAAAGAACAGCAGAAUGAAGACCUUUCUUCCUCAGGCAAAAAACUCUGUGGCAGGCAAAAUUCUUCCUCGUGAGUCAGAAAGUCUGCAUCCUCAUCAUCUGGCUUCUAAGACAAAACAAACAAAGACAAAGGCUGUCAGUAGUUUGAGCGCUCUUAAGUUAAAGAAGAGGGAGAAAAGUAUGCCUGAGAUUGAAAGAAGAGGUAAAAGAUUACAAGAAAUUGGUCUAAUAAAAGGAAUAUUUGCGGUGUUUUGGUGGAUGAUCAAAGAGAAUCGAGAAAACUGCGAUGAAGGGUUGGGCGGAAAGUGCAUUGGCUAA